UCUGGACUCUGCAACCAACUUUGCAUUUACUACCCUCUCCUCUCUAUUUCACCUCAAUCUCUCUUGUUUUUCCGGAAAAACUACUUUUAAAUUUUCUCUUCCCCUGUCUAAGAAGCCUUUCAGGUGCGCUUUUGUAGGGCCCCCCAUAGCCUUUUGACAGCCUAAAUCUUUCUCCACCCCUUAGCCCUCCUCAGAAUGGUUUCUGUUCUCCUUCACUUUUAGUUCUUCUCUUCAUGUACUGCAUGUUUAUAAAACCUCUCGCUGCGCAUUCAUUCACAAUCACAAGUGCCCUUUUAUUGCAGAUCAUAAUCUUGUUCACCCUCCCUCUCUUAUUCCCAUUACGGGACAUUAGUUGUGUGUGCGAGAAGAUGUUAUCAGUUGAGGAGCUUUUAAGUGAACUUGCUGGGGAAGAAUUAAACGAGCAGGGUUUGCCGCCGGGGUUUAGGUUUCACCCUACCGAUGAAGAACUGAUAACUUUCUAUUUGGCUUCAAAGGUGUUUAACGGGAGCUUUUGCGGAGUGGAGAUCGCUGAGGUUGAUCUUAAUAGAUGUGAACCUUGGGAGCUUCCAGAUGUGGCCAAAAUGGGGGAAAGGGAGUGGUACUUCUUCAGCCUGAGAGACAGGAAAUACCCGACUGGUCUGAGAACUAAUAGAGCCACCGGAGCUGGGUACUGGAAAGCCACAGGCAAAGAUAGGGAAGUGUACAGUGCCUCAAGUGGAGCCCUUCUAGGCAUGAAAAAAACCCUCGUUUUCUACAGGGGCAGAGCCCCCCGUGGCGAGAAGACCAAGUGGGUCAUGCACGAGUACCGUUUGGACGGUGACUUCUCCUACCGCCACGCGUGCAAGGAAGAAUGGGUGAUUUGCAGAAUAUUUCACAAAACAGGUGAGAAGAAAACUGCCCUUGCUCAAGGACAAAGCUUUAUAUUGGAAGUUUCUUCGUCUCCAGCGAGUUCCUUGCCUCCGCUGCUCGAAACCCCAACACCAUUCUUAGAAUCUCAAUCUCAAACGCCAAUGCAGGCCCAGAACUCUUUUGUGAUUCACCGCCAAGAAAAUGACCUGAAAAGCCUAAUAAACCCAGUUGUCUCCCAAACCCCACUCUUCCCAGCUGACGGGCUCCAAGUCCAACCCUCCUUUUCAGCCAAUCCCACCACAAUCACUUCCUCCACAACCAACACAACCGACAAGAACGCUGCCACAGACACCAGCAACCCAUCAGCAUCGAUGCUCUUCAAGUCCCUCCUCUCACAUCAAAAUUGCAUUUUAAAGGAACAAGCCACUAUUCCCAAACAGUGCAAGACAGAGGCUAACUUUUCCCAUUUCCAUCUGCCUGAUGCCAGCUUGAACUGGAUGGACAAGAUUCAUCCGAACCCAUGUCAAAAUCCCUUGUUUUUUGAGAUGGAUUGUAGUGUGUUGGGGUUCUCCGAAGGCGUUAAUGCUGGGGACGCUACUGUCCAUGACAUGUCCACUUCAAUUGCUUUCAAUAGGGCCGGCGUCCAGAUGAUGUUAGAUCCUCCCAUCAGAGCCCCUGGAGAAUCUUGGCAGCUAGAUUGUUAAGAUCUUGUAUUAUUAGGACCCCAUUUCUAUUUCUAUAUAUGUAAUCAUAUACUACUACCAUAUGUUUAUAUAUAGAAUCUUAAGUGUUUCUGCUCUUGGUGUAAAAUGUAAAUGAGUGUCCUUCCCAAACUCCAAAGCAAAUCCAACGCACGCAUCUUUGUUGGAUUGGAGAAUUUCCUGCAGCUUGAAGACAGAGUAACUGAUUGUAUUACUCUUUAUAUUUAUUACAGUACCUCCUACCGUGUCAA